AUACCUAAUCAUACAUAUUCAAAGCCGCCGCAGCUUGAAUUUUCAGCCUCCGUUCCUCUGAAGUUGGCUGUGCGUUGAGAUUCGGCGAUGGGGAAGAACGAUAAGACGGGGCUGGGACGGGCUCUGGUGAAGCAACACAACCAGAUGAUCCAGCAGUCUAAGGAGAAAGGCCGAACCUACAGAUCCCAGCAUAAAAAGGUUUUGGAGUCCGUCACGGAGGUUAGCGAUAUCGAAGCCGUUAUCCAACAAGCCGACGAGGCCGAGCGCCUCUUCUCCGCUGAUCACCCUGUUCCGAACGUUCUCAUUAAGAUGGAUGGAAGUUCGAGCACGACUGGAGUUACGCCCGAGGAAAGGAGAGAGCAGCAGAAGAUGGAGGAGGCUUUGCACGCUAGCAGUCUACGAGUUCCACGUAGGCCCCCAUGGAAUGCUAGGAUGUCUGCAGAGGAGCUUGACGAUAAUGAACGACAGUCUUUCUUAAUAUGGCGUCGGAGCCUUGCAAGGCUCGAGGAGAAUGAGAAUCUUGUUCUUACACCAUUUGAGAAGAACCUAGAUAUUUGGAGACAGCUUUGGCGGGUUGUUGAACGAUGUGAUUUGCUUGUGAUGGUUGUUGAUGCUCGCGACCCUUUAUUCUACCGUUGCCCUGACCUUGAGGCAUACGCAAAAGAGGUUGAUGAGCACAAGAGGACCAUGCUUCUUGUGAACAAGGCAGAUCUGCUACCUUACUCUCUCAGGAAGAAAUGGUCUGAAUUUUUCAGUCAGAAUGAGAUAUUAUAUUUGUUUUGGUCUGCUAAAGCUGCCUCUGCUACUCUAGAAGGGAAGAAACUUAGCAGCCGGUGGAACACAGAUGAACCUCAGGACGGUUUGGAUGAUCAUGAUACAAAAAUAUAUGGUCGGGACGAGCUUCUGGCUCGUUUACAGUACGAGGCAGAACAGAUUGCCGAGAAGAGGACAACAUCAAGCACUAGUUCUACAAGCCAGUCGGACAAUCAUUCUUCCGGUGGAAAUACAAACCAAAGAUCAUCGAGUAGCGUCAUGGUGGGAUUUGUUGGGUAUCCAAAUGUGGGAAAGAGCUCAACAAUUAAUGCCCUAGUAGGCCAAAAGCGAGCUGGAGUCACCUCUACUCCCGGGAAAACAAAGCACUUCCAAACAUUGAUUAUUUCUGAGAAGCUUACACUAUGUGACUGCCCUGGUUUAGUUUUUCCUUCAUUUUCAAGCUCAAGAUACGAGAUGAUUGCGUACGGAGUAUUGCCUAUUGAUCGAAUGACAGAGCAUAGAGAGGCCAUCCAGGUUGUCGCCAAUCGAGUCCCAAGGCAUGUGAUUGAGGGUGUGUACAAAAUUAAUCUGCCAAAACCGAAGCCGUAUGAGCCACAGUCUCGGGCACCACUAGCAUCAGAACUUCUGAAAGCUUAUUGUUUCUCCCGUGGUUAUGUUGCCUCUAGUGGACUGCCUGACGAAACCAGAGCUUCCCGCCAAAUUUUGAAGGAUUACGUUGAUGGGAAGAUUCCUCACUAUGAAUACCCCCCAGGAAUGUCAAGCGAGGAUGAUAUUCAAGAUGAAGAUGCUGCAACUACCAGGCUUUCCGACGCACACGAUUCAGACUCGGAUGAUAUUGAGGACUCCUCAGAUGUGGAUAAUGAAAAUGCCUCUGGUCUUGAACAUGUGACUGAGUAUCUCGAUUCAUUUGACAUAGCAAAUGGACUUGCGAAGCCGAGCGUCACCGAAAGGAAGCCCAAGGAAUCUCAUAAACACCACAAGAAGCCGCAAAGAAAGAAGGAUCGGUCAUGGCGGGUGGCAAAUCAUGAUGGCGAUGGUAUGCCUGCAAUGAGAGUGUUUCAGAAGCCAAUAAACUCAGCCUCCCUGAAAGUGUUACCAUGAGGUUAGUUGAUGCAUCUCUAUUAACUUUCAAGGCUGAGGGAGAGACCAAAUUAACGAAAAUGGAAAUGGUAGAAUUAAGAGCAGCAACAAUAUAUAUUAUUAUUGUUCUUUAAUGGGGUGUGAAAUUUAUGAAAUGGUUAUAGUUCCUUGUUUUUCCAUGAAUUUUACUCGCGUUUUGAAGGUUUUUUGUGAUA